AUGUCUCGAAAUGGAUCGUCAGUAAACGAUCAGCCAAGAAUACAACUAGGAUGGCUUAGUCGAUCAGACGGGAGCUCGAAAUUUGCUUAUGGCACUCAAACAAGCGCAGCAUCUGUCACCGGUCCCAUUGAAGUUCGCAUCCGUGACGAAUUGACCGACCGCGCUACUUUUCAAGUCAUUAUUUCGCCAUUGGAAGGAUAUCCUGGCAUUGCAUCUAAAGCUUUAUCUGCUGAACUUCGUGACCUCUUUCAAUCCGUAAUUCUCCUUCAUCAUCACCCCAGGGCGUUAAUCCAACUUUCGAUCCAGUCUAUCAGCACACCGUCCAGCACAUCACUCACGAUACCAAUUUCGCUCGAAGGAAGUCGUCAUGAGACAACUGAUGAGUCAAAAUAUCGCACACCACAACUGCUGGGCCCUGACCGCCCGUUUCAUGCUUCGGAAGUGGCAACUUCAAUAAAUGCCUCCAUGCUAGCCCUUUUGGACGCCAACAUCCCCAUCCGGUCAACAGUUAUUGCAACCUCUUGCGCUUUUCUUGAUCCAAAGGACGUAGACGAUCAGCGCAACAUGGACAGUUACAUGGCCGAUGAUGAUUUGCCAUGCCUCGUGAUCUACCCAUCGCCCCGCGAAGAGAAUGCGGCAUAUAGCUCGCUUGUCGCUGCGUUCUCUUUCACAGGACACGAUCCAACAGAGCCAUCCAAGUCUCAAGUGCAUGGUCAACUUGUGUUUCUAUCAAGUAUCGGCCAGAUGACCGCUCAUCAGCGAAGCCUUGCAAUAAACGCGACUAAGACGGCUUCCAUAUCUAUACUAGAUCACGUACGUACUGUUCUCAUUGAACGCUUCGAAUAA